GAUUGUGAUUGGUUAAUUGCCGGGAAGUCAAAUGUGUGGCGAAUGUGAGCAGACGUUAGGUGAGGCCUCGGCCACUAACAACGUCUGCGCAGGAGGCUAAGAACACAUUGGUAUCGAAGGUUACUAGACUUAGUUUCGAAUAUUAAGUAAUGAGCCCUGCAUAUUGAACUCACGAAUGCAUUCUAUUUUUGAGGAUUGCUUUAAAGAACAUCACACGUUCUUGGCAUAUUACAGCCGUUAUUUACGGUUUUUUAGAGCCAUGUUGAUUUCACUUUAGAUCAGUUCACGAGCCAGUAUCCACUUCUUUAAAACCAAGAAAUCGCCCACGUGCCAGCGGCGUGCCCCCCGCUAACAAUACCCCCACCGCCCCUUCGACUGUGGAGUCUACCACCCUCCUACAACAAGCACAGGCGCACCAUUACAAUGAUAGCCCACCUCAACAGAAUGUUCAAGGCCACAGUCCAGUUGCCCAUCAUCACAACAGACAUCUGGGGAACAACCCUGCGUACCUAAACCCGUUCGGGGAACGGCCCAGCCGGGAUCCUUCACCGGUCGGGAAAAGGUUCGUCGAUCGCGAGUUCACUCACACACGCUCGCGGUCCGACCCAAUCUUUGUCAGGAACAAUGCUAAUAUGAUGACAAGUCAAGGGGUAGGGCCACCAAACAUAGUCCAACACGCCCCUCCACAACAGCAUGUAGUGAAUAUUACGCAACAACAACAACAACAACAACAACAACAACAAAUGAAUGCUCCUCAGAUAACUUAUAGACAAGAAAUUAAACCUACGCCAAACUUUCCAAAAUGGAAUCCGUUUAGCAGUGAUUUUGUUGUAAAUACCGAAACUACGGAUGAUGAUUUUGCAAGUUUGCGUGAGCCCACGGUUCAACGUGGUCAGCAGAGUUCGGCGAGAUUUGUUGAGCCCGCGGUCCAACAUGGCCAGCAGAGGAUGGCUGAGCCCACGGUUCAACACGGUCAGCGGAACGUAGCACAAACAUACGCGCCGCAGUUUGUCAGCGGUAAUGUACAGGCGCAGUAUGCGCAGCAACCCUUGAACAGUUCAUUGAGCACCCAGCGGUCGUCAAGUAAUUCAAAUAUUUCGCCUUAUGCGAGCGAUUCGUCGCGUCGGUCUUCCGAUUGCGAGGAUGACGUCAUUAUGGCGCGACCAAUAGUACGGCCGAACAACUUUGGCGGCUUGCGAAAAAACGACGCAUUUUUAGACGCACCCGUGAAUGCUGGGUGUGACGUAGACGAGAUGACGACGAGUUUCAAUCGUAAUACGACACUUCACGAACCUUCCCGAACUCAAUCCGGGCAUACUAAUGACAUUUCUGGUGUAUUCGAUUCGGCGCCAUUUCGAAAACCCGCGACAGCCACUCCGGUUGUCAAGACGACGCCCGCACCGCCUGUAAGCCCGGGAAGAGACCCUUUCGGCGCAGUGCCUUUUAAACAGAAGGAAGCAGCGAAGUUAGCCCGCAGGCAGGCACGAAAGAACAAUAAAGAACAACCGAGUGGCGAGGCCCGCAGGGUGUUACCUACUAUACCUACUCAGGCACGAAGGUAAUGCAGGCUAAAAUAAUUUAGGAUAAUGUACGCUAGCCAGGUCGCACAAGAACACGGCUUAGUAAUUUUAAACUGUAAACCUACACAAAGUAUGUGUUGGAGUUUUAUCGCGUGACUUCUGGGGCCAGUUGUUCAAAGCUGGGUCAGUUUAACCCUUGGUUAACCUAAAAUUCGAAGCAAACUUCCUGACAGCUUUUCUAUAAAUUUGGAGAUAUUUCUUCAGAGAUCUUUCUGGAUCGAUAGGAGUUUUCUUCUCUGAAGUUUUGAAAUACACAGAUUUGCAGAAAUACACAAACUAAAACAGCAGGUUAAAUUUUAACCCAGGGUUAGCAGUAAUCCACCUUUGAACAGCCGACCCCUGGACUACAACCAAAGGAGACAAACCAUAAAACCGAUUUCGUAAAGUCUUAACUUUUGUUGAAUUUUUACAUUCCAUCCAGUUUGCCCAUCUACGCGAUAUAACUAGUCAUAUACGAUUCUAAUCCUGGCGUAUGUAGUCGAAUCGUGUAAAGAUGUUGCAUUGUCAAAUUUCGCCAUAAACUGAUGAACAGGAGUAGUGGCGUCAGCAGUCUUUUUCAUACGCCAGAAUGACAAUCGUAUACACUCGUAAAAACGCACAAGUUGUAACAAACCUGCAGCAGACUUGUAACAAUGCUGUUCCAACAACUUGUCAACAGGAUGUGUUCGCACUGCUUGUUCCCAAAUAGACUUGCUCCAAGUCUCUCUUUCAUUGUCAUAUAGUAUCGAUCCACUAUAGUGUACUUUACAUGACGUAGCACGGAGAGGCGGAGCGAGAAAGAGAGACUUGUCAACUUCGGAAAAUCUCGGUUCAAAACUGAACCGAAAAUGCAAGACUUGGUUUAAUUGUUUUCUGUCAGUGUUUAUAUGUAUUGAUCUAGCACAGGGUAAAUAACACGAGUUCCAUUAUAGUAAAUCAUACAGAAUGAAAUUGAAGGAAAACAAUUAAACCAAGUCUUACAUUUUCGGUUCAGUUUUGAACCGAGAUUUUCCGAAGUUGACAAGUCUCUCUUUCUCGCUCCGCCUCUCUGUACUACGUCAUGUAAUGUACACUAUAGUGGAUCGAUACUAUAUGACAAUGAAAGAGAGACUUGGAGCAAGUCUAGUUCCCAAAGGGUGGUUGGUCGGGGUGGGGAGAUUAUUAAAAAAAGUCAUCAACUUUAGGGGUUCGAGGUUGGGGGUUAGGAUUAUGGUUAGGAUUUGGAUUAGCGUUUGGAUUAGGAUUUUGUAAUUGUAGAUUGGCUUUACAACGCCAAUAGAUUAUUGGUUACAACGUGCGAAACGGCUGAAUGUUGACAACUUGCUACAAGGUUGAUGAGCUCAACCGACUUGUUCCGAAUUGUUCUAACAACUUGUUAUCGUCCUGCAAUUCAACAACUUGUUAGAAAGUUGUGAGUGACAAGCUUGUAGCAAUUGAUAAAAUAACAGCAUUGUUACAACUUGUUGACAAGCUUGCUACAAGCCUGUUGCAAACACAUCUUGUUGACCAGUUGUGACAUUUUUACGUGGGUAGGACAACAGCCCCUCUUUCUUUCUCUGUAGUUUGGAAGCUGUAAAAAUAUUGUUGUAAUUACAUGGAAAUAAUUCCAAAAAAUGUAAAGUAUUUGCAAUACCUUUGUAAAAUAUUUUCUUGCAAUGUAAUAUGAUUAUUUUUAUCAAGACCACCAAUAAAAAUGACAGUAAAUUUUAAGUCGCU